AUGUCGGCCAAAUCCCAAAUCCGACGUCUCUCUUCCCUCUUUGUACCGCCCAAUGGUGGGCCUUGCGAUAAUACUGCUCCUUCUGCCUCUUCCUCUCGUCUUGGCUUCCUCUCCAAGGCCAUCCCCCCUGCACUCUCAGGCUCAGCUUCGCUCUCUUCCCUUCGAGAGCCUCCCAGCCCAAUUCACUCCUUCUAUGGAAACAUCGUCGACCAGCGUCCUCCGCGUGGACGCAAACGUAGCAAGCAAGACAUUCGCUCCUACGACGAUGCAAAGUUCCAAGACGAAAUGGAUCUACCUCGAUCCGGCGCAAACGGCAUCCGAGUCUGGUACCAAUCUUACACCACCAUCGACUGGAUUCACGAUGCCAUCAAGGAGAGCUCCCGUUUGCGUCGUAUUCGCAAUCUCAACGGCGUUCGCGGCUUUGCCGUCAACAUGUGGGAUCGCUUGCAAGGUUGGCUCAUUGUCACCAUCACCGGUAUCAUCACUGCUCUAAUUGCUGGAUGCAUCGUCAAGUCCGAAGCCGUACUCUUCGAUCUCAAAGAUGGUUAUUGUGCAAGGCACUUGAGCCUCGCAAAGCGUUUUUGCUGUCCAUAUGGCGGCGCGCCAGACUGGGAUCAUCCUUCUGUGGCCAAUUCUUCCUGGUCUUACCGCACCCCCUUCAUGCCCGCUGCCACUGCCUCUUCCUCUCCAGCCGAUGCGAUUCAGCCCUUGCUGUCCGGUGUUGCUGUUGGCAACCGCAUCCUUACUGGCUGGUCAGCACCCGUCGCUGGCAGUCCAGCUUGGUACAAGUAUGCUGCUUCUGCCGCCAACGCUACCAACACUACCCUGCUCGCCAUGCUAUCGCCCCUCGAUCCCGAGACUGAAGACUGUCCCGGCUGGAUCACCUGGGCUCAAAAGUUUGCCUCGCAUAACAACAAGAAUUCGUUGGCCGGCUACUCGAUGUACUUCAUCGUUGCCGUCAUUUGGGCUUCCAUUGCAAGCAUCCUCACCAUUUACCUCACCUCGAGCGAACUCUAUCUCAAGGAUAGCGAGUUAGCUUCCCCUACCUUGUCCAUCAUCAACCAGAAGCCCUCCACGUCGGCCCAGGAUGACGAGGUCACUGCUAACCAGCCCGACGAGUCCACUCCCCUGCUCGGUCAGCAGCGCAACGGCCAAGCGCCCCAGUCCCAACCUUCCGCCGCAGAAUCCAAUGGAAGGGCCGAUCGCGUCACCUCUCACAAUUUUGCCCGCAUCGCCAACGAACAACGUGCAGAGAAGGCCAUCCUGCCCCGAAAAGUGCUUUACUUUGCUACCGGAUCAGGUAUCUCGGAAGUCAAGUGUAUCUUGAGCGGUUUCGUCAUCCACGGCUACCUCGGUUUCUGGACCCUCUUCACCAAGUCCGUCGGUCUCACUCUUUCCGUCGCAUCAGGUCUCUCGCUCGGCAAGGAAGGUCCCUUUGUGCACAUUGCUUCCUGCGUUGGCAAUAUCGUCUGUCGUGCUUUUCCCAAGUAUGAGAACAACGAAGGCAAGCGUCGCGAGAUGCUCUCGUGUGCUUGUGCUGCUGGUGUUGCUGUCGCUUUCGGUGCUCCCGUCGGUGGCGUGCUCUUCUCGCUCGAGGAAGUCAGCUACUACUUCCCAAGCAAGGUCAUGUUCCGUUCCUUCUUCUGCGCCAUGGUUGCUGCUGCUACCCUUCGCGCCAUCGAUCCAUUCGGCACCGGCAAGAUCGUCCUCUUCCAGGUGACCUAUGACAAGGACUGGCACUUCUACGAGAUGCUCUUCUUCAUCCUCAUUGGUAUCUUUGGUGGACUCUACGGUGCUUACUUUACCAAGCUCAACAUGUUUUGGGCCAAGAAUGUCCGCGCAAAGUCCUGGAUGGCUCAUCACCCUGUCUUUGAGGUCCUCCUCAUUACCCUUGUCUCGGCUGCAUUCUCCUUCUACAACGGCUACACUCGCAUGGGCGGUGUCGAGCUCAUUGCCGAUCUCUUCAGCGAAUGUCACGAGCACGAGUCGCUCGAGGGGCUGUGCGUAUCGCAGCCUUCGCAGAUCGGACCUCUAGUUCUGGCUAUCUUGUGUGCAAUGGUCAUCAAGGGCCUGCUGACCAUUAUCACCUUCGGUAUCAAGCUGCCUGCUGGUAUCUUCAUCCCCACAUUGGCUGUUGGUGCCUGCUUCGGUCGCAUCGUCGGCUUGCUGGUCCAGUACGCUCAGUGGACUCACCCUGAGCUGCGCUUCUUCAGCUGGUGUCCUGCCUCUGAUUCGGCCUGCAUCGUUCCUGGUGUAUAUGCAAUGGUCGGCGCCGCCGCUGCCUUGUCUGGUGUCACCCGUACCACCGUCUCGCUAGCUGUCAUCAUGUUCGAGCUCACAGGAACACUGACCUACUCGGUGCCCGUCAUGCUUUCCAUUCUGGUCGCCAAGACCAUCGCUGACGCACUCGAGCAUAAGGGCAUCUACGACCUCGUCAUUGACUUCUCCGGUCUGCCAUACCUCGACAGCAAGACCGAGUACAUCUGGAACGGCGUCAAUGUUACUGAUGCUAUGGAGACCCAAGUUGAGGUAAUCUGCUUGGAUGCAUACAACACGAUCCAAUCGCUCGGCGAAAAGCUCGAUCGAUUGGCACGUGGGUCGGGAUACACAGAUGGAGGUUUCCCCAUCGUUUCUCGUGUCACACCCUCGCCCUCUUCCGCUCAGCCUGGUUCGCCUCCACUCUCAGCAAGCAUAGGAUCCAUGGCUGACCUCAUCCAGCAAGCUCCAAGCCGUGGCUCCGGCUCGGGCUCCGACUCUUACCAGAUGGUCGGCUACAUCGCAGCAAGCGAACUCGAGCAUGCACUUGCACGCGCUGUGCGUGCAGACACCGACAUGCGACCUGAGACGGCGCGUUGCUCGUUCAAGAACCUUGCCUUCGUGCGCGCCGAACAGGAAGGCGAGGCUGGUGUCCGCGACUCUGUCCUCUUCACCGCUUCAGACCCACUUGACCUGAGCAGGUACGUCGACAAGGCGCCCAUCACCGUGCAAGUCCAUUCUCCGCUCGAGUUGGUCCAUCAAUACUUCACAAGACUGGGUGUCAGGUAUCUGAUUGUAGUGGACGAGAAAGGGUUGUACAGGGGUGUCAUUUUCAAGAAGAGCUAUUUGAAGUUCUUGGCCGAUAUGGAGGAGCAGGCUGAGCACUAG